AUGGAGUUUUGGUUCUCUAUCGUCAAAAUUUUGGCAAUCUUAGCCAUGAUCGGCUUUGGUUCCUACUUACUUGCAACAGGUACAGCAGGGCCACAGGCAAGCAUUAGUAACCUUUGGGCAUUGGGCGGGUUUUUCCCAUUUGGUGUGGAAGGUUUAGUCAUGGCAAUGGCUGUGAUUAUUUUUGCCUUUGGUGGGAUUGAGCUAUUUGGUAUUACCGCAGCAGAAGCGCGUGAUCCUGAUAAAACUCUGCCUAAAGCAGUCAAUCAAAUUAUUUACCCUGUUUCGGUGUAUAACGGGACCAGUUAUUGUAGUAGUCGCAUGUUACUUGGUUUGGCGCAACAGGGUAAUGCACCGAAGUUCCUUAAGCAUAUUAAUAAGCGUGGUAUUCUGGUGGUAAUGUCAUUCACCGAGAAUAUGCGUAUUGCGGGCUAA